ACGUUUGUAAUUUGUAGGAUCGAAGCUGAAGAAGCAGAACGAAAUCGUUGCGAAGAAGAGAAGAUCGUGCGUGAAAGAGAAGCACAAAUUCGAAGAAAAGAAGAAGAACAACGAAGACAUUUGGAGGCGGAGUAUUUAAGGGAGCAAGAACGAGUUAGGAAAGUUCUGGAAGAGGCUUUGGAACGAGCCAAACAUGAAGCCGAAAUCACUAGGAAAGCCAAAGUUUAUAAGCAUGUUCUCGAAGCAGCUGACAAAACUCCUGAAUUGGAAAGGCGUCUACUUGGUGUUGAUCCUGAGACAGGAGAUAGGAUUCUUCAAGAGGUUCAGUUCGUUCUUAGCGCUCGUUCACAGUCGCGACAGACAAUUUCUGAAGCAGAAAUGAUGUCAGUGGCGGGAAACGACGGAGGAAAGACAUCGCCGAGAAGAAAACAAAUUGCAUCUGCACAUCAGUUCGUCUUAGCCGAUGAUCACCCCAUUAGGCGUGCCAAUGAAUUCUCAGGUUAUCAGAAAGCUUCAUGUUUCGUUGAGAAUUAA